AUGGAGUCUAUAAAUCAUUCUAUACAAAUAGUUCAACAGAAUCCUGUGUUGUUUGACAAUGAAGAUGUAGUAUCUCAAAUGACUAUAGAUAAUGUAUCAAUCUACUAUGGUGAUGCAUUGUCUCCCUAUCAAAAGGGUGUAAUCAUACUCACUUCACUUAGAGUUAUUUGGGUUCAAACAUCAAACAACCUACCUGAUCAUCAAAUAGCUUCAUGUGCUCUACAUCAUGAUUCAAUUGCUACUAUUGCUCCUAUUACAACUGGAUUCCUUGGAAUAGGUUCUAGUCCAAAGAUAUCGAUAACUUGCAGAAGUGGAAAGGAGCUUAGAUUAUCUUUUCAUGCUGGUAAAAGAGAUGAAUUUUGUAGAAUCUAUAAACAAGUAUUAUUAGAGAGACAAACAAUUCAAAGACAAUUACAACAACAACAAGAACAGCUAAAACAACAACAACAAACAACAACAACAACACCUACUACAACAUUUGAUCAACCUCAACAAAUAACAACAAAUACUAAUAGACAAACAUUUGAUACAUCAAAUGCAGGAAUCAGUGGAUUAAUUAAACAAAUGAACAAAAGAACAGAAGAGACAGACAAGGUUUUAAGUGAAGCAUUCACAGAUUUAAAUGCAUUGAUGGAAAAGGCCAAGGAUAUGGUUACAUUGUCUGAGAAAUUAAAGACAGCAAUGGAUAAACAACUUAAAAAGGAAGGAGAUCCCAGUUACUCUGCCGAAGAAGAUGAAUUUAGAUCAUUCCUUCUUCACAUGGGUAUCAAUACUCCAGUGACAAAGAAAACGGCAAAAUCACAUUAUCACACUGAAUUAUCGAAACAAUUGUCCGACUGGAUGCUAGAAAAGCAAAUACUAUCAAAACAAGGAGGUGGUAGACAACUAAACAGUGGAAUGAUUCCAUUGGCUGAUUUAUAUUGUAUUUUUAAUAGAGCAAGAGGAAUUGAAUUAAUAUCACCAGAUGAUUUGUAUAGAGCAUGUUUAUUAUUUGAACAAUUAAACCUACCAUUUAGAAUUAGAAAGUUUGACAGUGGAGUGAUUGUCGUUCAAUCAAAGGAUGAAAACGAUGAACAAGUUGCCAAAGAAAUAAUAGAGAUCAUUAGAGAGAAUGGAGGUUCCAUCACUCCAUUUCAUCUUUCAACUAUUCAACAAAUUUCUUUAAAUCUAUCAAAAGAAAAAUUAUUGGCAUGUGAGAGAUUAGAAAGAUUGUGUCGUGAUGAAACCAUUCAAGGCAUAUCGUUUUAUGAAAAUUUUUUUAUUGAUUGUAAACAACUACAAAACAGUCCACCUCUUGUUGCAACAUAA